UCACAUUCUCGGACCCUUUUUGUCGCCCAAAAUUAAAUUUUUUAUCUGUAGAUAAGUAUAAUGCCUACAUCGUCGACCUGGCCGCGCACCUACCUCAACUGGAAGCGUGUGCUGUUUCUCUCUCUAAAGUGCGUCUACUUCAUGCUGGUGGUGAAGUUCAGCCAGAAGAGUUUGGAGAUGUCCGCCAAGAGCCGACUGGUCCAGAGGCAGUGGCAAAGCGUGUACGGGGGACCGCUGAGCGGGGGAGAAGCAUUCACUUGAUGGCCACAUGACGAUUCCUAUAUGUCCCAUUGGGAGGAGCGGAGGAGCCGAUGAAUAAACGACAGUUGGAAAAUGUC